AUGCUGCUCUUGAGCCUCACCAGCGCGGCCGCGCUACGUCCUGGCCCGCUCCGCCCUCAGGCAGUGUGCCGUCGCCGCGCCGCCCUGAUGUCAGACGAUGCUCGCGGCACGCCGCUCGGUGACCUUGCCGACAAGCUCUCCAUCGGCGAACGGAUCGGCCAGGGCACAAAGAACUCGUGGGUGAAUCCGGCCUACUGGAACCGCCAGUUCGUCACCGCGUCCCACAUCGCCAACAACGUCCCGAACGGCUCGACGGUGCUCGAGCUGGGAAAGGACGCGAAGAACCUGUACUACGUGCCGUCGCCCGAGGCGAUGACGCUGGUCGUGCCGCCGUCAAACCUCAUCGUCGAGCAGGGCCCCAUCCGAGAGGCCGCCGCGAAGCUGCGCGUCCCAUUCUCGCUCUUCACAGAGACGCCCCUCGACGCGGUCCCGCUCACCGCCGCAUCGUUCGACGCCGCCCUCCUCUUCGACAUGCUCGACGGAGCCCCAGAGCAGGCGGCGUACGGCGCAGUCUCGCUCCUCGCGAACGCGCUCAAGCCCGGCGGCGUGCUGCUCUUCGCGGAGCGGGAGGGCGCAAACUUGCCCGCCAUCUGCGCCGACUUCAACCUCCAAGCGGCCCCUAGCCGCGAGGAGAAGGAGGCGGAGCGGGCGAGGCGGAAGGAGGAGAAGGUGGAGAGCAAGGCGAGGGCGGAGGAGGCGCGCAGGGCGGAGGAGCAAGCGAGGGCGGAGAAGCAAGCGAGGGCGGCGGCGGAGGCGGAGGCGAGGGCGGCGGCGGAGGCGGCGGUGGAGGCGAGGGCGGCGGCGGAGGCGGAGGCGGCGAGGGCGGCGGAGGCGGCGAGGGCGGCGGAGGCGGCGAGGGCGGCGGAGGCGGCGAGGGCGGCGGAGGCGGCGAGGGCGGCGGAGGCGGCGAGGGCGGCGGAGGCGGCGAGGGCGGCGGAGGAGGAGGCGGCGGCAGAAGCGGCGGCAGAAGCGGCGGCAGAAGCGGCGGCAGAAGCGGCGGCAGAAGCGGCGGCAGAAGCGGCGGGGGCUGCGGCUGCAGAGCGGGCGGCGGCGGCGGCGGCGGCGGCGGCAGCGGACGAGGUGGCGCUGGACGCCGCGUUUGCGGCGGCCGAGGAGGCGGGCGUGGACAACGACACGCUCGAGCGGGUCGAGGACGAGGUUCAGAUCACGAUUCCUGACGGGGCGAUUGCGGGCACGGCCGUCGUCGUGCCGGAGGGCAGCGGGCCAGGCCAGGUGCUCGCGUUCGACUUGCCCGCGGCGCCGGAGGCAGAGUAG